UUGCUGGGGGAUGUGGCGCUUACCAGUGUAAAUCUGUCCAAGUGAACACGAUUAGCAGCCGCGAUCCAGAAGAGUGACCCAGGCGUCAGGAAGGAAGACGGGAUUUGGACGAGCUCGACACAGCGCAGCUACAUCAUAAUUCAUUGCUUGGCUCACGGUGUUGCUAUGGCAGCAGUGCCCGUGGAAACGGGUACACGAGGCAAGAUGGCAGCCUUCCUGCACUGGAGCUGUGAGGACGUGGCCACAUGGAUCGAAUCCCUGGGUUAUCCGCAGUACAAGCUGUGUUUUACUGAGAAUUUCAUCGAUGGUAAAAAACUCCUCUAUGUCAACUGUCAUUAUCUUCCUAGACUGGGCAUAACUGAUUUUGAACAUAUGAAGGACAUCUCCCGGCACGUGCGUCAGCUCCUGGAUAUCAACGAGCCUCAGUGGAACCGGAGCAUCGCACUGCCCCGCAGGGAUGAUAUGGGUCUAUUCUUAGAGAGGAAGAGUCAGACGGGAGUCCGGGCAGAUUCGCUCACCUACACCCAGUUCCUAGGAGCAGAAAAAACUAGCCGUCCCUGAGCGGCUUCCAUUUCAAAUAUAGCAGAUCCAGCCAAACAACGGAAGUUUAAUGAGACAUUUUCAAUUGCUAGUGCGACCUAAAAAAUUGCAUUAGGAAAAAAAGAAAAUGUUUCCUAAUUUUUAAAUUAGACAGUUAUUAGGGUUUUCUUAGUAGAGCACUAGAGAAAUCGUCAGACCAAGAGUACUGGCACUAUUCUUAAAGUUUACUUUGAUGUGCACCAGAGGCAGUUAGAUAUAUAAAGAUAUAUUUUGAGUUUUAUUAUAGAAUAUUGAGCAAAAACUGUAGCAAAUGUGGCCUUUUAGAGUCAAUGGGAGCUGCAUCAAAACAGUACGUGGCAGACAUUACAAAAUUAUCCCACCCACUGCGGGGUUCAAGAUCUCAUCUCUCUCAUGACUAUUACUAUAAAGGUUGGUGCAGAUGCGUAGCGUUUGGAUCCAGGCGCUGUAUUGUUGCGAAUCCCAAUCCUCUAAGGGCCUGACCUGUAUUUCUGAACAAAAGAAGAAAAUGCUUGUAACAGUGUAUCUCCCAUCGCGACCGGAUACUGACACCAAUGUGGACAGAUGAACCAGAUUAGAUAAUAAAGCAAGACUUUAACACUG